CCAAUAUUAUGUCUGAAAAUUGUCAUUUUGUGUUGUUUACUUUUAGUGUGGCCAUUUUUUGUGCACUUAUUAACAAAAAGAAGUAACAAUCUUAAUGAAUACUGAAAUAUCGUAUUUUAUUUUGGAAAUUAUUUGACUUUUACUGUCUUUAAUAAACCUAUUGGUAUCCGUAGAUCCUGGCUUGCAAGGUGGUGAGCUUCAGGGACAUGUCCACACGUCAACAUGACAGGCUCCUCCAAGAGGUGGUGCUCCUGAAGAAGUUCAACCACCCAAACAUUGUACAAUGUUAUGAUCAGUUCUUAAAUAAGAAUAAGAAAGAGGUCUACAUUGUGAUGGAGUACUGCGAGAGUGGAGAUCUGUCUCGUCUCAUCGAACAUGCCAUCAAGAAAGGGAAGUCAAUAAAAGAAGAAUUCAUUCUUCAGGUUUUGGUGCAACUUGCCUCAGCGCUGAAGCACUGCCACAGACGCCCUGAUGGGAGUGUUGUGCUGCACCAGGACCUGAAGCCAGCAAAUGUUUUCCUCCACAAGAACCUCACCGUCAAGCUCGGUGAUUUUGGGCUGGCAGAGAUCCUUCCCAUGAAGAACGACUGUGCACAGUCAAAAGCUGGGACUCCCCUGUACAUGUCUCCAGUAAGUCAUUUUUCUUUUCUUUUUCUUUUUGAACUACCUUCUUGUGAGGGUAAACAUCAGAGGAAAAAAACAAAUGGCAAAGUUUACAACGGGAAGUCAGACAUCUGGUCUCUGGGGUGUCUGAUUUACUACCUGUGUGCCUUAAAGCAUCCAUUUCGUGAUGGUGGAGGAAAAAAAUUCUCAGACCGCAUCAACAGUGGGAAGUACAAAAGAAUCCCGUCCUGCUAUUCAGACAAGCUGGACUCCCUCAUCAGGGACAUGCUGCGAAUCUGUGAGGACUCCAGGCCCUCAGCUGAGGACAUCCUCAGCAGAUGCCUGCAAACUGAGAAGGCUACUGAGGAAAAAAGAUCACACAGUCCUGAUCAUCCUCUUCCUCCUCCCAUGCCACCUGCAGAUGUCAGGCCCAAAGAGGAGGAACUCCAGAAACCUCCAAACAGAAAGCGGAAGCUGGAGUCUGGCCACAGUCAAAAAUCCAAGCGGAGGCGGAAAGAUCCGGCCCACAGAAAUAACACCAUUGUCAAAUUUGCUGAUGACACCACAGUGGUCGGACUGUUCUCAAAGGGAGACGAGGCAGCCUAUAGAGAGGAGGUCCAGAGGCUAAGAACCUGCGAGUGUGUGGAGAGGAUUCACACAUUCAGGGUCCAGGGAGUCCAGAUUUCAGAUGACCUUUCCUGGACAGACAACACAUCAGCUGUCAUAAAGAAGACCCAGCAGAGUCUACACAUCCUGAAAAUCCUCAGGAAGAACAACCUGUACAGGAAGCUGCUGCUGGCCUUCUACCAAUCAUCCACUGAGAGCCUGCUGACGUACUGUGUCCUGGUACGGAAGCAGCACUGA